CCCAUAUCACACCCGCUUUUUUCCCUUCAAAUAAAAAAAGUUAAAUCAAAAACCCUCUUUCACCGGAAUUUGAAAACCCUAGCACCGCCACCGUCAAUCCUCACCGGCGUAACCAUCAAAAACAGAUGAUCGACCAUCAUAUACACCCUUAGUGUAACAUCACCUGUCAAAUUCAUCUUAAGUAAUACGGUAGAAAAGUAGAGUAAAAACAGUUUCUAAGAAAUGAGUACGGUUGACAAAAUGCUGAUCAAAGGUAUCCGGAGUUUCGACCCGGAGAACCGUAACGUUAUCACGUUUUACAAACCGUUAACGCUUAUCGUCGGCUCUAACGGUGCCGGCAAAACUACUAUUAUUGAGUGCUUGAAGUUGUCUUGUACGGGUGAAUUGCCACCAAAUGCCAGGUCUGGCCAGAGCUUCAUCCAUGAUCCUAAGGUUGCAGGUGAAACAGAAACAAAGGCCCAGAUAAAGUUACGAUUCAAGACAGCAGCAGGUAAAGACGUGGUGUGUAUAAGAUCAUUUCAGUUGACUCAAAAGGCAUCGAAAAUGGAGUACAAGGCAAUUGAGAGUGUAUUGCAGACUAUAAAUCCUCACACUGGAGAGAAAGUUUGCCUUAGCUAUCGGUGUGCUGACAUGGACCGUGAAAUUCCUGCUCUUAUGGGCGUUUCUAAAGCUAUCCUUGAAAAUGUUAUAUUUGUUCACCAAGAUGAGGCCAAUUGGCCUCUACAAGAUUCCUCGACAUUGAAAAAGAAAUUUGAUGACAUAUUCUCGGCUACAAGAUAUACAAAGGCCUUGGAGGUUAUCAAAAAGCUUCACAAAGAUCAGGCUCAAGAGAUUAAACUUUCUCAAAAAGAUUUAGAGAAGCUUCAACUCUUGAAAGAUGCUGCAUUCAAGCUUCGACAGUGUAUCACUCAAGAUCAAGAAGAAUCAGAAAAGCUAGGCAGUAAAAUGCAAGAUCUGGAACAAAAGGUCCAAGGUGUGGAUAUUAAAAUUUGUCAAAUUGAAGCUACCUUGAAGGAAUUGCGUAAGCUUGAAGAACAGGUCGCCACCAAGUCAGCUGAAAGACGCGCCUUAUUUGAGGAGCAAGAGAAGCGUUUGAGAGAUCUAGAUGACGAUAGUGAUGAUACGGAUGAAGAUUUAAGGGAAUUUUAUGCCAAGUUUACUGAAAGGAUAGGUGUCCUGGAAGAUAAAAUUAACAAGACAAACAGGGAAAUUGCGGACAUUGAGAUGAAAAGCACUUUAUUUCAAAAACAAAUUUUAGAUUACACUGGGAAAGUUGGCAAGAUUCAGGCUGAAGUUGACAUUUAUUUGAGAUCAAAGAAGGAGAGAGACUUGGCAAUCCGCGAGCUUUAUCGGCAUCACAAUUUGGGGUCCCUUCCACAGUCUCCUUUCAAUAAUGAAGUUGCUUCAAUUCAUAUAUGUCGUAUAAAGUCGAGAUUGGACGAUCUUGAUCGUGACCUAGAUGAGAAGAAGAAAUCCAUGGACGAAAAGCUUAACUCAGCAUGGGAUCUCUAUAGUAUUUCAAGAGACAGAUGUAAAGAAGUUGAGGCCCAGAAGAGUGCUAAGAAAGAGAUACAGAAUGACAUAAUGAGCCGGAUAAAGCAAAAAGAGUACGAGCGCGAAAGUUUGGAUCUUGAAGUUUCUGAGGACAACGUGAACCAGAUUGAUCAGAAAGAAAGGAGCAUGCGUAUUGAGUUUGAAAGAUUGAGUAAGGUUCUUGUGGAAGAAGGAUUUGAUCUUAAAAUACAGCAAAAGUUAACAGAGUUAGCAGAUCUUACAAAGAAAAUUAAAGAUCUGCGUCGUGACCAAGCCAAUAUGGCUGCAGAUGCUGAGGAGAGAAUUAAACUAUCAUUCAAGAAAGAUGAGAUCGAAAGCCAUAAGAAAAAACACAAAAAAAUAAUAGAUGAACACAAGAAUAAAAUUAGAGGGGUCCUGAAAGGGAGGCUGCCUCUGGACAGAGAUUUGAAGAAAGAAGUUGUGCAAGCGCUAAGGGGGAUUACAGUUGAGUAUGAUGAUUUGAACUCAAAGUCCCGUGAAGCUGAGAAAGAUGUCAAUGCAGUGCAAUUAAAAAUACAAGAAGUCAAUAAUAGUUUGGCCAAACUUAACAAAGAUAAAGAUUCUAGGAAGAGAGUUAUUGAGUCAAAGCUUCAAACCCUGAAUCAGCAGUCUGCCAGCAUUGAAUUUUAUAUCAAAUUCUUGGAUGUUGCUAAAGAAAAAAUGGAAGUCCACAAAAGUAAGUACAACAUUGCUGACGGUAUGCGUCAAAUGUUUGAUCCUUUCGAAAAAGUUGCUCGUGCGCAUCAUAUAUGUCCUUGCUGUGAGCGUCCUUUUUCUGCUGAAGAAGAAGAUGAUUUUGUUAAAAAGCAACGAAUCAAAGCUGCAAGUUCUGCCGAGCGUAUGAAAUCACUGGUUAAGGAAUCGUCAGAAGCAGAAUCUCACUUUCAGCAGCUGGAAAAGCUUCGUCUAAUGUAUGAAGAAUACAGCAAAAUAAGUAAAGAAUCAAUCCCUCUCGCUGAGAAGAACUUGGUUGAACUGAAAGCUGAUUUGGAAGAAAAAACUCAAGCCCUUGAUGAUGUCUUGGGUGUUUUAGCUCAAAUAAGCUCUGACAAGGAGUUGGUUGAAUCCUUGGUGCAACCUAUAGAGACGUGUGAUAGACUCUUUGGUGAGAUGCAAAAGCUGCAGGAAGUAGUUGACGAUUUGGAAUAUAAACUUGAUUUUCAUGGUGGCGGCGUCAAGUCCAUGGAAGAAGUGCAAUGUGAGCUACGAACAGCGGAAAAGACAAAGGAUAACGUAGAAAAUGAGCUGGAAAACUUACGCGAGGAAAGAAGGGAAGUGGAGCGUGAUCUACAAAUGGCCGAAUCGAGGUGGUAUUCUGAACGAGACAAAAAGGUGAGAGUGGAGAAUGCGUUGAAGAAUCUUAAGAAGGUGGAAGACGAGCUAGAACAAUUGGUUGAGGAGUCUAAUAAGCUUGACACUCAGAUCAAGGAUUUAGAAGAGACUGUUGGUCGUUUAUCCAAGGAAGUUGAGAAGUACAGGAGUGCACAUGAAGAUAUGAAAAUUAAACACAACCAAGAAUAUGAGGCAGAAACUGAACUGAAAAGGAAGAAUCGUCAGGGUGUUGACGAGCUUGAUAGAUUGAUUUCUGUUAUUGAAAGGUAUGAAAAAGAUAAUAUUACCGAGAAGUUAGAUGACCUCGAAGGAAAAAUGUCUCGAGAAAAAUCAAUGCUUGCAACUUAUGACAAUAAAAAACUGGAACUCUCUGCUGAAGUGAAAAAAACUGAGGAUGUGAAGCGUAAUCAAGAUAAAUUACGACGUGAUAUUGAGGACAACUUGAGGUACCGGGAGACGAAGGCCAGAGUAAAGGGGUGCGAUGUAGAGAUUACAUCUCUUGAAGAAAAAAUGCUGGCCAUGGGUGGCAUUUCCGCUCAUGAAGCUGAUCUUGGGAAACUUGGUAAAGAAAGAGACAGACUUCUUUCGGAGCUGAACAAAUGUCAUGGUACUGUGGCUGUAUAUCAGAAGGCUAUAACAAAGAAUAAAGUGGAUCUAAAGAAUCCUGAAUAUAAGGAAAUCGACAAGCGUUAUUUUGAUCAGCUACUUAAACUCAAGACAACUGAAAUGGCUAACAAGGAUCUAAAUAAAUAUUACAAUGCACUUGACAAGGCACUUAUGCGCUUCCACACGAUGAAAAUGGAAGAAAUAAACAAAAUUAUAAGAGAAUUAUGGCAGCAAACAUACAGAGGGCAGGAUAUAGAUUAUAUCAGUAUUCAUUCGGAUGCUGAAGGUGGUGGUACCCGUUCUUACAGCUACAAGGUCGUUAUGCAAACUGGUGAUGCUGAGCUGGAAAUGCGAGGAAGAUGCAGUGCAGGUCAAAAGGUGCUUGCUUCGCUUAUCAUCCGAUUGGCGUUAGCCGAAACAUUUUGCCUCAACUGUGGAAUACUUGCACUCGAUGAACCAACCACCAACCUAGAUGUUCCAAAUGCCGAAAGUCUUGCUGCGGCUCUUUUAAGAAUAAUGGAGGAUAGGAAAGGACAGGAAAAUUUUCAACUGAUAGUAAUCACACAUGAUGAAAGAUUUGCUCAACUUAUUGGUCGACGCCAGCAUGCAGAAAAAUAUUAUCGGGUUGCAAAAGAUGACCACCAGCAUAGCAUCAUUGAAGCUCAGGAGAUCUUUGAUUGAAGUAGCUAUAUUCAAGCAUACUUGAGCUCGUCUUAUAUUUAAGGUAGCCAGACUGAACUGACUCGGUGUUUAAGCAAACAGUGGCCCACUCUGGUCUAGUCUUUUCGGAGUGGUUUGUGUUCUCUUGAUUUUGGGCAUUGGGUUAGGUUUUGAAGUAAUUUUGUGCUACAUUGAACACAAACGUGCAUCUUGGUUGCAUUUGUUAGGCUCAUGCAGUUUAAUGCAGUUCUGUUCUUGUUGUAAGCAUAACCUGACUCAACUGCCAAUGUUAUGAAUCUGACUUACAGAAUGGUUUCGAAUUAAUUCCAUUAAAACUUUAUUAGUGUUGUAAAA